AUGCUUCGACGCACGGCGCGCCUGCGGCGAGAGUUUGUGUAUCGAAAAUCGCUCGAAGGCAAGGAGCGCGAGCUGUACGAAAAGAAACGAACGAUUCGACAGUGCCUGGAGGACGGCAAGGCGAUCCCGACGGAGUUGCGGAAGGAAGAAGCGCGAUUGCGGGAGGAAGUGCACGCGGAAGACGCGAAGACGGCGUCGUACGGGGCGCGAGGGGUGAUUGACGACGAGUACGCGAAGGCGGCGGAACGGGAACCGAGAGUGCUUCUGACGACGUCGCGAGAUCCGUCGAGUCGGUUGCAACAAUUCGCGAAAGAGCUCAAGUUGUUGUUUCCCACGUCGCAAAGGAUCAACCGCGGGAGUCAAAUCUUGCCGGAUUUGGUGGAUUUGUGUCGAAACGGCGGGUUCACGGAUUUAGUCAUGGUGCACGAACACCGGGGCGAGCCGGAUGGGUUGGUGAUUUCGCACCUACCGUUCGGGCCGACGUGUUACUUUGGGUUGUCCAACACGGUGAUGCGGCACGAUAUCAAGGAUCAGGACAUCGGUCACGUCAGCGAGGUGUUUCCGCACUUGAUUUUAGAAAAUUUUACGUCGCCGCUCGGCAAGCGCACGGCGACGGUGCUGAAGCACUUGUUCCCCGAGCCCAAGGCGAAGUCAAAGCGCGUCGUGACGUUUGCGAACGAUGCUGAUUAUAUUUCUUUGCGCCAUCACAUGUAUGAGAUGCCGAAAGGGGCGAAAUCAGUCGCGCUCACGGAAAUCGGUCCGAGGUUCGAGAUGCGCUUGUACCAAAUCAAGCUCGGGACGGUGGAAAUGGACGAUUGCGACAUCGAAUGGAGCCUGCGACCGUUCAUGCGAAGCGGGAAGAAGGCUCGUCUGUAG